GUGGGGUUAGAGCGAUGAUAAUUAAAAUGAAAAGAAGAAAUGGUGGAGCACAGGAGGAGGAGGAGGACGGAAGGAAGAUUGCACAGUUAAGAGCUGGGAGACAGAGGAAAUCGGUGUUGUGCCGACGACUUGGACUGAACCGUAACUAUGUGGCAAAGAACCUGGCCAGAUCGCUCCGAUGCCUCUCCUUUCUCUUCCUUUUCUCUCUCCAAACUCAAGGCCAAAUCUGCGAUUCACAUGGACGACCACCACCACAACCUUGAUGCUUAUCACACCUCUCGCCAUACCCUCUCCACUUCCAAGUCCACUAACUUCACCCCCACGGUCCACCCCUCUCCAUCUACCUCUUCCUCCUCUCAAACGCCUUUCUGGGUGCGACCCUCCUCAUUACCUUCCCACGAUUUCUCUGCCUUGCCUUACGACGUUCUCAUCAAAAUCGCCGCCUCUUUCAACCUCCCUAAUCUACGUGCUGCCUCUUUUGUUUGCAAGGCUUGGUUCGACGCCUUCAGACCUUUGAGGGAGGCUAUGCUAUUUCUCCGAUGGGGAAAGCGCUUUAAGCAUGGCCGAGGUGGGGUUCGACCCAAUUCUGACAAGGCUCUUAAUUCCUUUCUUAAGGGUGCAGCUCGUGGCUCCACCCUUGCUAUGGUUGAUGCCGGACUUCUCUACUGGGAGAUGGGCAACAAAAACGAUGCUAUUGCCUUGUACCAGAAGGCUGCCGACCUAGGCGAUCCUUCUGCCAAGUGCAAUUUAGGAAUCUCCUUUUUGCACGCAAAACCGCCAAAUCCAACUGAAGCUGUAAAAUGGUUGCGACAAGCAUCCGUGGUUGGCAACAUUCGAGCUCAAUACCAACUUGCUCUGUGUCUACAGCAGGGUCAUGGGGUGGAUCGGAAUGUACAGGAAGCUGCUAGGUGGUUUAUCAAAGCCGCUGAAGGGGGAUAUGUGCGUGCCAUGUACAAUCUCUCUCUGUGCUAUUCUUGCGGGGAAGGCUUGGUACACAACCAUCAGCAGGCUAAGAAGUGGAUGAAGCGGGCAGCUGAUCGUGGUCAUUGUAAAGCUCAAUUUGAGCACGGACUCCAUCUCUUUUCUGAAAGAGACAUGAUGAAAGCUGUAGUCUACUUGGAACUUGCAACUCGCUCUGGUGAAAGAGCUGCUGGUCAUGUCAAGAAUGUAAUUCUCCAACAACUUUCGCAAAGUUCACGAGAUCGUGUCAUGUCUGUUGCUGAUAACUGGCGUCCAUUGCCUUCGUCUCAUUGACGUCAUUUUUUUCGCAUACAAAUGAAGUAACCUUUUUACAAAAAGUACACUGGGUGCUCUUUGUUGUAGUCAUUGCAUCCAAAAAUACUAAUAGCCAUUCACUAGGAAAGUUGCCUUAAUACUUGUAAUUUACUGUUCCACUUAUUAUAUGGUUGUUUUUUUCUCAUUCAGAAAAUCAGAUUGUUCCUUCUUUUUAUGCCUUAUUCAGGGAAUUCUUUAAUAAUGAUUGUCUUCUAAAUCUCCUUCUCAUCUUCCAAAUAAUAUCACUCCCUAGAUUGCAAGUU